AUGUGCCUCUUGCUUAUCUGUCGCAGCACCUACUUCAACACAGUCGUGACUGUCACGAUCUUCGUUGUGUUGGGCGUCGGAGCAGGUACUUGAGGCGUUUGUCCACGUCAUCUGCAUCCCUGUCUUGUGUGCUGCAUGCAGAUAAUAUCUUCGUUCUCGUGGACGCCUGGCGGGCCUUCCAUGCCAUUGUCGAUAUCGAGGUGUAGCAAAUCGAAGCACACACUCUAUCUUUUUAGCGUGUGCAUCUGUGUGCUCUUCAGGAUCGCGUCUUCUUCACCGGUUCGAAACCACACUUUUGGAAAAGAUAUUCAACUAAGGAGAACACUGGAUUGUGUCCGUGUGCAUUGAUCACUGCCAGUCGAUCGGACAAUCAAGGCUGUCUUCAACACGGUGAGACCACUGACGUUCGCAUAGAAUCUUUUCUCAUCCAGACAUAUCAAAACAGGCCUUCACGACUUCUGUGGCGUUCUUUGCAACGGGUGUCUCCGCGAUCAUGGUGGGGACAAUGAGAUAAGUCGCACACAUCUGCAAUGCGCCUGUGGUCUGAUCAGCCCAUCAGAUCUUUCGGCAUCUACGCCGGUUUGUGUAUAAUAAUGAAUUAUCUGGCGGUGAGAGCCCGAACAAUCGCCUUGUUGGCAGACAAAACGCUGAUUUCUCGCGUCUCUGCUGGCAGCUGAUCUUCGUGACACCGCCUGCUCUGGUGUUGUGGCAGCAGUGUUGCGAGUUCAUGCCUUGACAUACAUAUCACCGUGCGACGGAUCUCACCCUUCGUGUGUGUGCUUUUGUAAGGCGCGCCAUUUCUGCUGCUUCGGCACCACCAAGAAGCUCGAGGCCACCAGACGCAGACGCGAAGCCUCCAUUGCCCCUCCGGGUACGAAUGGAGUGAUUGACAUCGCCCCCCAGACAACGCAAGACGUCAACAACGCUGAUGGCAAGCCGACUGCCGGCAAUGAGGAGACGGGAAUCGACCACGACGUGGAGCAGGGGAAGGGCACCGACAAUCCUGGAGUUACGGUCAAGGCUGUCGCGACCAAUGCUGUCGCAUACACGGAAGAAGACAAUGACACGGAUAAGGACAUUGUCAAGGACAAUGGCAAGGCCAACGACCUGGGUGGUGAUGAGCAGGACCGAGUUGAAGUGUUCGAGUAUGACGUCCACAAUGCACCCGACUUGGAUGACGCUGAGGUGCGUGCCAUCAACUGUGGGGCAUGCCAGCAACCACACAACCAUUGGUGUCGCUGCAUUUGGUGUGCAGAAGCGUAUAAUGCUAGGGUGGGGCUACGUGCUGAUGUCCAAGUACUACAUUCCUCUCAUGAAGAUAGAAUGGGAAGGCAUCAAGUAGGAACGGCAACAUGACUGCUCCCAAAAGCCUCGCCUCCACUAAGAAAGGCAUUCCACUGUCGCUUCUUCAUCGCAGAGUGGUGGCUUUGGCGUGCAUUCUCAUUCUGCUCGCCCAGCUGGGUCAGAGCCUGUACCAUGCAACUCUCCUGUCGCCCCCAACCAAGCAGGUAAGACGCCGUGACCCACUGCAUUUGCCCUGCUGUCCGGCCAUGUGCACCGGCCUCUUUUCAGGAAGAAUGGCUGCCUGACGAUCACAUGUGAGAGACAAAGCACACAAACGACCUGCCGGAAGGGCGCAACGGAAGGCUUUUAUGUGUUCAUGCUUGUGUGUGUAGGUACCAAGGUGUGUGAGUGAGACAGACAGGCUGACCCAGAUAUGGAUAAGUCGGCGCUGGGAGACUCCAGCGUAUGUGUCUGCCGGUGCAUGGACGAGUGUGUGUGUUGAAUGACUUCAGUGGUGCACGACUUCCUUCGAGACAAGUUCUCCACCAGCGAUGAAGAUGACUUGGUCAAGGUGGGCAGGACCGAGACACAUCAGAUGUCUCCCUUGCAGGACCUGCACUUUAUCUUCCUUGUAGAUCACGAUGACGUGGGGCAUCAAAGUGGGUAGACCUCGCUGUGACCGCAACGCUCCUUCUCUCUGUGUCUCAAUUUGGGGCCUGUCCCCCUCUGAUGUCUCCCUUUUGCCAUACGCUACCAGGGCAUUGACAGGUCGGGGUAUCGCUUCUUCAAGCCAGGUAUGUGUACACCUUCUCUCGUUUAGACGUACACGUUUGUGUUUUCAUCGUGCUGCAGGCGAAAACCGGGGCAAGGUGAGAUGGGUGUACGGGCAACUUGUGGAGUGAUACAUUGCCCUCUCGGUGAAUUGUAUGUGGAAGGCUAUCUUCGACUCGGGCUUCUCGAUCGAGACCAGCGAGAUGCAGGUGUCUGGGGGGAGCGAGGGAGGCACGCCUCUUAUCACGAGUGUCUCUCUGCUCCUCUCUGCGUAUGUGUAUUUUGUUCAGGAGUUGGUGGCGUGGACGUGUGAGCAAAUCCCAAAGGAGAUAUGCACAGCGGAAGGAUGCGACCACCCUCAAGGUACGCCAUCUAUUAGAGUGACAGGUUGGCCCAGGUCGAUCGUCCCUUGCUGUGAUCCACUUUUCUGCUGCCCGUCCACGCAGAUCGGCUGGCCUAUAAUGGAACGAUCAAGUGCCCAAUGAUCCUAAUACAGGAGGAGUACGUCUAUCAGCCCGGCAUCCACGGGGGGUCGAGAGCAUUUGGAUAUGCCGUGUUGUCUGUUCUUCCGUAUGUCCCAUGGCACCAGGAACGGAGGCAUGUUACCGAACGCAAGUGCCACGCUCGACCGGCUCAACGAGUUGCAGCAGAGCGAUCCCGACUUUAACGUGAGCCGAACAGAUCGUCUGGGUUUUCAUUUGGGCUUUCCUUGUUUGUCUGUGUGUGAAGGAGCUGAUUGGCAGAGUGGAUGGCAAGAUCCGAUUCAUGUCCGUAGAAUUCGAUUCAUCGCUCAAGAGAGCCUCGGUCCUCUCGGUCAAGGAGCCAGUUCGUGACCGAAUCGAUGAGUUCAUUGACAAGUAAACGACCUACGAGGCACAGGCAGACGCGCAAUGCGUGUGUAUGUGUGUAAAACACUAUACAGGGUGGUGCGUCAGGGCCGCAACGAUGGCGCUACCCAGGGCCGUUUGCAGCAGACGGCUGGCGGAGAGUGGGCAGGAUGGCAACGGAGCGUGGUGAGAUAUCCAAUCUACAUCCAUCCACACAUCGGUCAUUCAAGCUUGUCUGGAUGUUCGUGUUGGGGUGGGGCGGUGCUAACGAAAUGGGGACUGAUCCAUCAGGGCUUGUGGAAGGCAUGUUCACAGGUGUGGAAACGAUCCAUCCAUCCAUCAAUGGGAGCAAUUGCUUUUGUCCGUGUGCGUGCGUGUGUGCGUGCGCUUCUCCAUGCGUAUGAGUAUAGGCUUCCUCAUCUGCUUCCCGGUGGCCUUUGUGGUUCUCCUGCUCGCCACCACCAACCUCUAUCUCACCACAUACGCCACCUUCUCGAUCGCAUGUAUCGUUUGCAGGUACGUACGUGCACACUGCGGUCUUACAGUCAGCUCACGGAUAAUCGGCAGCCUGGCUGUGUUCACCUUUGAUGGAUACGUGCAGCAUGUUGGGCUUUAUCAAGUCAGCCAUGGAUGGGACCUUGGUGUGGGAGAAACGAUCUGCGUGGUGCUCGUCAUUGGCUUCUCGGUGGACUAUGUGGUAGGCCACAUGGCUGUCUCGACAUCGCAUCCGCUAUGAGCACUGCCCCUGUUGUCUCGCUUUGCUGAAAUUGCCACACGUGUAGGUGCAUCUGGGGCACAUGUACCAAGACUCGAACAACCACGGCUGCAAGACGAGGGAGGAGCGCUUCCAGUUCGCAGCAGAGUACAUGGGCAUGACCGUCAUAGGAGGUGAGAUGCCUUCGGAAAGCCAGACGCCCCGAUAGCAAUAGUGAAAUAACAUUACAUGGCUGUUCUGUCUGUUGGCUGUGUGGCGUUUGCAGGUGCUAUAACGACUGCAGGCAGUGGGCUCAUCAUGUUCACCUGCCAAAUGCAGGUAAAAUCGAGCUUUAAAGUGCUUCCAGAACCAGUCGUGUUCCCUCUUCUGUUCCCUCUUCGUGUUCCCUCUUCGUGUUUCGAGACAUUUACAAAAAUGGUGCGGGAAUGACUAUGGAAAUACUAGCAUCAUACGAAGUUCUGUUCAAUUCUGUUAGGCAAUUCUGAGUGCGUGAGGAAAGAGACAGCGACGACGGAACACAAAAAGAAACGUUUUUCCGCUUGUAUGCAAUGGUGUGUCUCAUGCAGUCUCCGUCACCAUCCUCUUCUCUCUCCUCUACUGUGAGCGGGAGAGGCAGCCGCAGGAACGACCUUCUCUGAUUGCAUUGUCAUCUAUGUAUCGCCCUCAGCAUUCUUCUUCUUCAUGGGCCUGCUGAUCAUCAUCGGCCCUGAAAACGAGACGGUAACUCAAACGCUGAACCAUCGACGAAUGCAUAUGUGUCGUCCACGGCUUGACUGUGGCAUCGUUGCGUAGGGCAACCUAGGAGCAAUGUGGGAGUCGUGCAAACGCGCAUGCACAAAACGCAAGGCAAAGACAGACGAUGCAACGGGAAAGGCGGAGGAUGAAACGGGGUUGGAUUGA